AUGGCCACAUCAACCGCAGCUCCUGUGCUCUCAGCCGAGGAGCAAGCUCGUCUAGUCGAGAGUUCAAAGCGCCUUGCCGCCUUUCAGGCCGUCAAAGACUACUUGCGGCCCGAGUAUACUAGGAUAGGCAUUGGUUCCGGGAGCACCGUCGUCUAUGUGGUCGAGGCGAUUGCUGCCCUGGGGCCUGAGAUCACUUCCAGGAUGUGCUUUUACCCCACUGGAUCCCAGUCUGAGGAGCUUAUCGAGGCGGCUGGCCUGAACCUGCAGUACAUCAGCAAGCUCCCAUCUGGUCAGCAGCUGGAUGUCGCCUUUGACGGCGCUGAUGAGGUCGACGACGACCUGAACCUUAUCAAGGGCGGCGGCGGCUGCCUUUGGCAAGAAAAGAUCGUGGCAACUAGCGCCAAGCAGUUCGUUUGCGUGGCCGACUUCCGCAAGCUCUCGCCACGCCUGGGUACCAACUGGAAGAAGGGAAUCCCCAUCGAGGUCCUCCCGAUGGCUGCCCCAAGAGUUUUGGAUGAGCUCGUGCGGAUGGGGUCCAUCAAUCCUCGUAUCCGAUCUGGCUUGCCCGGCAAGGCUGGUGCCCUUGUCACGGACAAUGGUCUAUGGAUUAUUGAUGCGCCGUUUGCGCCUCUCCUCCAUGCCAGGGACCAGCCUAGCAGGAGUGGGGAGCCUGGAGUUUGGACGGUUGAAGAGCUUGCUGAUCGCCUGAUCAAGAUCCCCGGCGUUGCAGAGAUCGGUCUCUUUUAUGGCAAGAACGGUCUGGAGGUUACCAGCGGGGCGCAAAAGCCGGUGGCGGCAUACUUCGGGAUGGCGGACGGUACGGUUCAAAUCAAGACGCCGGCAAUAGCAUGA